GUUUAUUAUUAACAGAUGAACUCUGUCUACACACCUACUCACACAACACUGCAUCGUUUGUUGAUUCCAGUAUACGAUACCAAUCAUGGCUGUUGACCCGUUAACAAGAGCUGACCGAAAAAUGCUCCCACCAACACCCGUUAGCAAGUCCCUAGAAGGCCUGGAGAUUGGAAUCCCACCAAUAAAAUUUACAAAUCCCUGGCUAUCGAAACCGUUACCAAAACUUCCAGACCGAACGUCAAGUCUUUAUAGUAGGGAGAGCCUCAUCGACAGCUAUAUGAACCGACCUGCUACUAGUGACUCUCCUGCUAGUCACAAAAAAGCUACAUCGGAGUCUCACCAAGAAGGACGUUUCUAUAGGCGGCGAAAUUCCUGCUCACGAAACUCCAUGGCUCGUAUCAAUGGCCAGGCCAAUCGGUGCUCACUGACCCUGAGGACCUUCCUAUCGGAAGAGCAAUAUGGAAUUGGCAUGUACUUAGCUAGACCAGCUACAAGCAACCAUUACUUUCGAGAAAAGAAAUGGGAGAUAUUUCCAGAGCUUGCCCCGCAGUCUUCAGCCCAGAAUCCACAAACAGUCACCAAGUCCCGAAAGCGUCGGGGGCUUAAACGGAAGAGAAGCCAAGCAAGAUCGCAUCACAAACCUAAUUUUUCGAGUUCGGAGAAUUUAAGCUUGAAUCUGAGACCAAUCGCCGAUUACAUGCAGCAGACACUCGCGAAGAAGACCUCGCAGUUACGGCUUAGAAAGAAAACGAGUCAGACUAGCACGCCAGCAACUGCACGGCCUUUGAACGGCUCUUCUUCUUCGGCUGAUUCUGGGAUAUUGUCUGUUAGUCGAGACCGAAAUAACGGUAACCCUGAGACGCAACAUAGUAUGCGGCGGCAUAUGCGAGAAAUAUCAUUCUGGGGGACCCGUGUCGACUCUAGCGAGGAAUCACUGCAUUUGGAUGAGAACGAAUUGGCAUGGAAAGGCGAUAAAGAACAUAUCACCAGUCCUAGGUGGCGGUCUCCGCUCACAAAAUUCCAUUCACCGAGCUCCACAAAGCUGCACAGUCGAGAAACCCCAGCUAUAGGGUGCUACGACAGCUCAUCUUCAAUAGAAACGCCACGAUGCGGGGACAAAAAGCUACUAUUAUCUGACUCAAAUCACUCCCAAUCAUCACUGGUCUCUUUACCUGAAUAUGCGAAGGCCCUCCAGCAGAAGACGAGUCAUGUUUUUCUGGCCAUCGAAGGCGUAAAGAAUAAACUUACCGAAGCGCGAGCAGCUCGCCGCCGGGCACAACUGAAGAAACAUAUCCGCUUGAUUGGCCCAAUUGAAAACUAUCCGUAUGGUGCUCCUAAUGAAUGGCUGUAA